GAUUACAUAACAACAACUCAUAUUGAAAAUGACAACCGUGCCGGGCCUUGUCCAGCUGAUCAUUUUCAUUCAUGCAGCGCAUCUCUCUCGCGGAACAGAUCGCUCAGCUUCAGGAUGCUGCACCAGUGGAUUUUGACCCAGAAGAUGAGGUCACAACCCAUGAUCCGGAAGAUAAUGAUCUUGCAGAUGAUACCAGCGGUGCGCGCGAUCACUACAUUGACGUCGGGCCCUCUGGGCUACGCAAACUGCAAGACAGCAUAGCUGACCCAAAAUAUGAUGGCAUAACAACAUCCCGAAAGCAAUUGAUGAAAUCUGACGCCAGCGACUAUGGCAGUGAUGACGAUGAGGAGGAAGAGGAGACUGGGAGCGAAUUGGAGCGCGACGAAGACGAGGAAGAAUCAAAUAAGAAAGUCCCAUCUUCUCAGAGCGAACUGGAGGGCGAACCAGAUGCCUCAACGUUGAUUCCUACAACAUUUGCGGCCAAAAGCACGACGCCAUAUGAAGAUCCAAAGCACACUGAGAAUCUUUCUUCGAGAUUGCGCAAAACGCGUGACGAGGACUGCAAAAAAGGGAAGGCCGUUUCGAAACAAAUUGCAUUGUGGGACUCGCUACUUGACGCACGUAUCCAUCUGCAGAAAGCUGUUGCUGCAGGAAAUCGGCUCCCACCGCUUGCAGAUUACGACGAUGUCCAGCCAUCAUUAGUAAAUAUGCUGGCAGAGGCACAGCUUCUGUCCGAUGAAUUGUUUCGCUUGCAAGAGGGCUUACUAUCUACCAAUGAGGCGAUCACUCCUCCGUCUCGGAAACGGCGUAAAGUUGGCGAUGUGAGAUCUGUAAAAGAUUAUGCUUCAGAAUUUCGGGAAGCCACACAGGCAGCAGCUUCUGUGGAGCAUAUUUUCCAUCCUUAUCUCGUCCAGACUCUGAAUAAGUGGUCAACCAAAAUUCAGGCCGUUGCCCCGUCUGUUCUGCUGCCUUCGAAUCGCAAUGCAUUCUCAAAGUCAUCGCAAGCAUUGAAGUCCGCUUCUCAACUUGUUGAUGAAACGCUGGCGGAUCACGAUAAGGUUUUGCAACGGACAAGAGUCUACCGGGGUAAAGAAUCUCGAUUAGGGGUUGAUGAAAGUAACGGAGGUGACGAGGAGGUUAAAAAUGAUUUAGAGGUGUUUGACGAUACAGAUUUUUAUCAUCAACUGCUACGAGACAUCAUUGAUACUCGCGGUAACGGAGGCAGAGGCAACGAGGAUUGGAUGGAAGUCCAAAAACAGAAAAAGGCCAAGAAGCAUGUCGAUACCAAAGCCAGCAAAGGUCGCAAGUUACGAUAUGAGGUGCACGAAAAAAUUCAAAACUUUAUGGUUCCAAUCACAACGCAAGGCAGCUGGCAUGAGGAACAAAUUGAUGAAUUAUUUGCUUCAUUACUCGGAAUAGGAUUCGAGAAUUCUACGCAAAGUACAGACGAUAGGAUGGAUGAAGAUGCUUCGAUGCGAGAACAGAUUGAUGCCGCACUGAAAAGCGGCUUUAGAGUCUUUGGGUAGUCCACCAUGUAACUAGUUCCCUGCGUCCUGCCCUUCCGAGCAUUUGCCACAUUUUAAGUUCUAAAAAAGUGGCGCAUACGUAUGAGGCCAAUAUAUGAGGCACAUGCCAAAUAUAGACGCUCGAUGACAAGUGG